CGCACUGGGCACGCAGGCUGGACGCCCGCGCGCGCUCCCGUGCGGAAGCGAGGUUCCGCAGCGGCACGUGGGAUCUGGGGCGAUGGAGGGGACGCUGCCCGCGGACGCGAAGACCUGCGCGGAGUCUGGAACAGAGUCCGGCCCUCGGGGCCCGGGCUGCAGCCUCCGGCACUUUGCUUGUGAGCAGAACCUUUUGUCCCGGCCGGAUGGCUCUGCCUCUUUCCUGCAAGGGGACACGUCAGUCCUGGUGGGCGUGUACGGGCCAGCCGAGGUGAAAGUCAGCAAAGAGAUCUUCAACAAGGCCACCCUGGAGGUGAUCCUGAGGCCGAAGAUCGGGCUGCCUGGCGUUGCGGAGAAGAGCCGGGAGCGACUGAUCAGGAACACGUGUGAAGCAGUGGUAUUGGGAACGCUGCACCCCCGCACCUCCAUCACUGUGGUGCUGCAGGUCGUCAGUGAUGCUGGCUCUCUCCUGGCCUGCUGCCUGAACGCCGCCUGCAUGGCAUUGGUGGACGCAGGUGUGCCCAUGCGGGCCCUCUUCUGUGGGGUCACCUGUGCUCUGAACUCUGAUGGCACCCUCGUGCUGGAUCCCACAGCCAAACAAGAGAAGGAGGCCCGGGCAGUCCUGACCUUCGCGCUGGACAGCGUGGAACGGAAGCUGCUAAUGUCCACCACCAAGGGGCUCUACUCCGCUGCUGAGCUUCAGCAGUGCCUGGCCGCCGCCCAGGCCGCCUCACAACACGUCUUCCGCUUCUACCGGGAAUCGUUGCAGAGGCGUUACUCGAAGAGCUGAGACAAGCCGGGGCAGGGCGCCCCUCCGCCGUGGCCGCAGCCACCGCCACCACCCACUACCUCCGUGGAAAAUAAACCAGCAGCUAGCCUCGCC